AUGAAUGAGUGCUUGGAUUGGUUUGUGUUGUGUUUGCAAUACAUUCAGUAUUGAGUGAACGGUUGAGUGCAUUGAAGACAAUAAGUCACAUCCAAUCGCAUCCCAUCUGAAGAUAUGGUCGAUUCCGAUAAAUUGAAUAUCGACUCAAUUAUCCAAAGACUUCUCGAGGUUCGCGGAUCGCGUCCGGGAAAGAAUGUCCAGUUGUCCGAAGCGGAGAUCAAAAGUCUUUGCGUCAAAUCACGGGAAAUAUUUCUGAGUCAACCCAUUCUUCUGGAGUUGGAGGCGCCCCUCAAGAUAUGC